AUGGCCGAAGCAUCAUCCUCGUCGUCGGCGUCAUGGGACGUCUUGCGGCGCAAAACACGCAAUCUCGAAUCUACCAUCGAUGCGCGCAUCACCACCUACUCCCGCCUGGCUUCCAAGAUCGCCCGCUCCGCUGAUACAGCCGGAUCCUCGUCCAACGCCGGCGGAGGCAUUUACGCGGACCACACCACUCUCGACAUGGAUGGGAGCGGUAGUGGUUCGAACGGAGCCAAGGAAGAUGCGAACGAGCACGUCGAGUUGGAGACAGAGCUGGAUUCGUUGAUCAACCAACUCUCUGAUGCUGUGGAUGCGUUGACAGCCAAGCUGGACGAUCCUGCUGUUCCACCAACGAGCGCUCAGCUGCAUGCCGUACAGAGACAUAGAGAGGUACUGUUGGACUUUACGAGAGACUUCAGGCGGUCAAAGACCAAUGUGAGGCAUGCGAUCGACAGGAGGGAUCUGCUGGGCAAUGUUCAGGGCGAUAUCAACGCUUACAAAGCGGCACAAUCGACCGACGCAGAUGCUCUCCUGGCAGAACGAGGACGCAUCGACAACUCGCAUUCCAUGAUCGACCGCACGCUAGAACAAGCAUACGCCACAAGAGCCGACUUUGCAGACCAACGCUCCACCCUCGAAGGCAUUUCAGGGAGAAUGUCCAGCACUGCCGCCCAAGUUCCCGGUCUCAACAGCGUUAUCACCCUCAUCGGCAGGAGACGGCGCCGCGAUUCAAUUAUUAUGGGUUGCCUAAUCGGCUUCUGUCUCGUUACGUUGCUGAUGUUCACGUUUCGCUGA